AUGUUUCGCGUAGCAACACGUGCUUCCGUUCUAAGAACUGGGCUUUUACGAAAUUUAUCGAAUUUUAGCAGUUCGUCCAUUCAAUCCGCCGCUUCUUCUAGUUUCAAUAAACGUAUAAACCUCCUGCCAUGGGGUUUACUGGCUGCAGGUGCAUUGAGUGGUUUUAUCUACUAUCAUCAAUACCAAACUUUGGGGCUCAAAAAUAAAGUCGAAUGCAGUGCUCUUGACCAAGAUAUCAGAAUUGUAAAAUUGACAGGAGAAGUAACAGAUUCUUCACCAAUGCGACUUCGUAUGGAACAAUUUGUGAAAUCAUUGCAAAGAGAAAUUGUCUCAGAAUUAGAAGCAAUCGACGGGAAAAAAUUUCAAAUCGAUACAUGGGAACGAGCAGAAGGCGGCGACGGAAUUUCAUGUGUAUUGCAAGAAGGAAAUGUUUUUGAAAAAGCUGGCGUGCUUGUGUCUGUUGUGUAUGGGCAACUUCCGACCGCCGCUGUCCUUCAAAUGAAGUCUCGAAAUAAAGAUCUUGAUCCGGCAGAUGGGCCAUUCCCAUUUUUCGCGUCUGGGAUUUCUAUUGUUCUUCAUCCACACAACCCAAUGGCACCUACCGUGCAUUUAAAUUAUCGGUAUUUUGAAAUCGGGAAUGAGGAUGGAACGCCUAGAAUUUGGUGGUUUGGUGGUGGUUCGGAUCUCACGCCCAGCUAUUUAUUCGACGAGGAUGCUACGCAUUUUCACCGAACACUGAAAGGCGUAUGCGACAAACACGAUCUCAGCUAUUACCCGAAGUUCAAAAAGUGGUGUGACGAGUACUUUUAUUUGAAGCAUCGUCAAGAAGCGCGUGGAAUUGGCGGAAUAUUUUUCGACGAUUUAGACGACAAAUCACCCGAGGAACUUUUUAAGUUUGUAAAAGAUUGCGGAAGAGGGUUCUUACCGUCUUAUAUACCAAUAUUGAAACGACGUAAAGAUAUGCCAUUCACAAAUGAAGAAAAGAAAUGGCAACAAUUACGAAGAGGUCGUUACGUGGAAUUUAAUCUCGUUUGGGAUCGUGGCACAAAAUUUGGCCUGCAUACUCCUGGGUCGAGGAUUGAAAGCAUCCUCGCAAGUUUACCAUUGACUGCUACUUGGAGAUAUAACCAUUCGCCUUCAGCAAAUUCUUCUGAGGAACGGUUGGUUGAAGUUUUAAAGACUCCUAAAGAUUGGAUAUAA